GUCACCGAACACCGCAGAACAUCGCCCGAAGUUUGAGCACGCAAGGUCGUGUCCCCUUUUGCGGGGCUUUUGUGUAUUUUUUGGACAAAAAUGUUGUCCAUAGCAGCUCGCUGCGGGUCGCUUCCUCCGCACUUACAGGCAGUAAAACAUGGGUUUAAAAACUUGACAUUUGGAGCAAAGGACGCGGGCCUGGCAGGUUUGGGAAUCCGGCUCGCCCACACAGACGUCAAGAUCCCUGAUUUCUCAGACUACCGUCGGCCUGAAGUUGUCAAUCCAAAUCAGUCGUCCCAGGACAGCAGUGAAUCCAGAAGAACCUUCUCAUACGUCCUCACUGGAGCCACCACUGUGGUUGGUCUCUAUGCAGCCAAAACCGUGGUCACCCAGUUUGUGUCAUCUAUGAGUGCUUCAGCUGAUGUCUUGGCUUUGUCUAAAAUUGAGAUCAAGUUGAGCGACAUCCCUGAGGGUAAAAACAUGACCUUCAAAUGGAGAGGGAAACCUCUGUUUGUUCGCCACAGAACAGAAAAGGAAAUCGCUGCAGAAGCUGCUGUAAAUCUCGCAGAGUUGCGUGAUCCUGAGCACGACAAGGACCGAGCUGCCAAUCCUCGGUGGGUUAUUGUUCUUGGCGUGUGCACCCACUUGGGUUGUGUGCCCAUUGCCAAUGCUGGAGACUUUGGAGGUUACUACUGUCCUUGCCACGGCUCUCAUUACGACGCGUCAGGAAGAAUCCGAAAAGGACCUGCUCCUCUUAAUCUUGAGGUUCCUUACUAUGAAUUCCCUGAUGAUGACACUGUAAUUGUGGGUUAAUCUGUUUAAUCUGUUAAUUGAGUUGCAAGUAACUGAAAGGCUGAGUGAACAUUUAAAUAUAUCAUUAAAGAGAGUUAUUUUAAACC